AUGCUCCAUCCUGUGCUUUCUGGCGAGGAGAUACUUGAGGCUGUCACUUCGGACAAGCGAUAUUUCAACAACACACACAAUGUCGAGCUGCCUCUUCCAGACGCCCUCAACGCAACUUCAGAUAAUGAUCUUCUUGCCCAAAUCGGCUAUAAGCCCGAGCUUAAACGUCGAUUCAACACCAUUCAGGUAUUCGGAGUUGCCUACUCCAUUAUGGGUGUUUUGCCCUCUGUGGCAUCGAUCUUGAAUCAUGGUCUCUUGGCAGGCCCAGCAGGAGCGAUCUGGGGCUGGCUCAUCUCGUCUGCGUUGACUUUUACUAUCGGUUUGGCUAUGAGUGAGAAUGCCUCGUUCCAACCCACUUCUGGUGGCCUUUACUACUGGACAAACUAUUACGCCCCAGCUAGAUUCAAAACUGUGAUUUCAUACGUUGUGGGUAACACAAACUCCAUUGCAUUGGUCGGAGCUCUUUGCUCUGUGGAUUACGGAUUUGCCCAGGAGCUCUUGUCUAUUGUGGUUAUCGCUACUGACGGCGAUUUCGAAGUCACACCAGCCAAGACCUAUGGUGUCUUCGCUGCUUGUGUAGUGGCACAUAUAGCCUUGACAUGUCUUUCAUCCAAAAACUGUGCUACUUUACAAACCACCUCCACCAUCUGGAAUACUGGUUUGGUAAUCUUGUUCAUAAUUGCUAUGCCUAUCGCCGCAUCUCGGGGUGAAUUUCAGAAGGCUAGUUGGGUAUUUGGGGAGUUUGAUAACCUUACAAAUUACCCCAUGGGUUGGAACCAGCUCUCUCAAGCUUGGUUGCCUGCAAUCUGGGCUAUUGGUUCAUUCGACUCUUGCGUCCAUAUGUCAGAAGAAUGUACCAAUGCUACCAAAACCGUCCCAAUAGGUAUUUUGGGCGCCAUCGGCACCUGCGGCAUCCUAGGCUUUGUCUUGUUGAUUGUCACUUGCUUUUGCAUCCAGAACCCUGAUAUCGAGAACCACAUCUUGGGAAGCAAAUUCGGCCAGCCCAUGGCUCAGAUCAUCUACGACGCAUUCGAGACUGUUCCUGGUCAAGGAAAAGGCAUGGCUAUUGCAAUGAUGGCUCUUAUUGCCAUUGGCCAGUUUCUCAUGGGUGGUUCUAUUUUGACUGCCAUGUCCAGACAGAUUUUCGCUUUUGCCAGAGACAACGGUCUUCCAAUGUCGUGGUGGAUUAAGAAGGUCAACCAGAAAUUGUCGGUUCCCAUUCACGCUGUCUUCACUGGAGGUGCUGCUGCUAUAGUGGUUGGCCUUCUCUGUAUCAUCGGUGACGCUGCCUCCUCGGCUUUGUUCACUUUGUACGUUGCUGGCAAUUACUUUGCCUGGGGCAUGCCUACCUUUUUACGUCUUCUAUCGAUGAAGGAGAAGUUCAGACCUGGUCCCUUCUUCUUGGGUGAGUUCUGGAGCAGAGUCAAUGGAUGGGUAUCCACCUGUUUUAUCACUUUCACUAUCGUCAUGGUCAUGUUCCCAACAAAUCUCAACCCAACCAAGGACACAAUGAACUAUACCUGUGUGAUCACACCAGGAGUGUGGAUCUUGUCCUUGAUCUACUACAAGGUCUAUGCACAUAAGGUGUACCAUGGACCUGCGAAGACUGUGGCUGUUCCAGGAGAAGGAAGCAGUGACGAAAGUGAAGUGGAGCGUGUUCGUCAAGAAGUAGAGGGUAAAGGAUCUGUGAGGUCAUACUAA